GAUGGAGAGAACGAAACUCCGCUAUUUCUAGCGGCUAGAAACAACUACAAAUCGCUGUUUCGCCACCUUCUUACCUCCGGUGCUAACCCGAGAAUUAAAAACCUCAGAGAAGAAUCUGUGCUUUAUGUCGCGGCCACAUCAGGUAGCGACAGUAUCCUCCAGAUGCUUUUGGAAAACGAACCCGAACUCGAAGGAGUCGACAAGCUUAGCCUCACGGUAUUAUACCAUGCGUACAUUAGGCACAACAAUCGGGCGGCCGAACUACUACUGCGGCACGGUGCUAAUGCUAAUUCUAGACAUUCAAACCUACCAAUAGCGCUUCACAUAGCGGCUAGAUCAGGAAACGAAAGUAUUGUACGACUUUUGCUUGAUUAUAAAGCGGAUCCGGAUGUAGUGGACGAAUACGGGAGUACCCCUCUACACUAUGCAGCUUACAUGCUCGAUUUGGAAAAACUGAACUUUAUGAGGUCUCGUGACCUCACCGCUUUGAUAGGUUACCUCCAUGCAACAAUGAAUUCUUCACAAGAGAUCUAUUCGCUCUUAACAGCCCAUGGUGCUGAUGAGAACUCGAAAGACAGGAAG